CCAUAACUUAAAAAAAUAACAAUAUCUAAACAAAAUAUUUAUUAUGUAAAAUUGUAUUAAUAAGUUAUAAUCUGGAAACAAUGGCAGUUACUUUGCACACAGACGUCGGAGAUAUCAAGAUUGAAUUAUAUUGCGAGCAAUGUCCGAAAGCGUGUGAGAAUUUUCUAGCUCUAUGUGCAAGUGAUUACUAUAAUGGUUGUUUAUUCCACAGGAAUAUAAAGGGAUUUAUAGUACAAACUGGUGAUCCCACGGGAACUGGGAAAGGCGGUACGUCUAUUUGGGGAAGAAAAUUUGAAGAUGAAAUUAAGGAUGAACUCAAGCAUAACGCAAGAGGUGUAGUUAGUAUGGCAAAUAAUGGGCCAAACACGAAUGGAAGCCAAUUUUUCAUUACGUAUGGAGAACAACCUCAUCUAGAUUUAAAAUAUACCAUUUAUGGAAGGGUAAUCGAUGGUUUUGAAGCAUUAGAUGAUUUAGAGAAGAUGCCAGUAAACCCCAAAUCUUUUAGACCACUGACAGAAGCCAAGAUCACAUCUGUCACAAUCCAUGCAAAUCCAUUAGCUGGUUGAUCAAGACUAUAGGCUUGCAUAUUGAGACUGGAAUACUUUUUAUUAAGUAAAUAAAUCAAAUGUGCAUACUA